ACCUUCCAAAAAAAAAAAAAAAAAUAAUGCCAAGACGAACCUUGAUAAACAAGGAAACCCAACCUCCUCGUACCUCUAUUUCUCCGAACCUAUAAACUCACAACCCACUCCCAAAACAGAAAAAUUCUCCACAAUUAGACUUUUUUUGUUAACUUAUUCCCAAAACCAAAAGUCGUAUUCCUCCAAAAUCAGUCCUUUUUUCCGGCCAUGUCGAAGCUGAAGAUUGCGGGGACAUGGGCGGGUAUUCUGGAGGUGGAAUUGGAGGUUUGGACGGUGCCCAUGUUGAGAGAAGAGGUCGCCAAACGAUCCAACUGUGGGCCCGACUCGAUCAAUCUGAUAUGUGCCGGUAGAAUUCUCAAAGAUGGUGAUGGGACCCAGAAGCUGAGCCAAUUGGGUGUCAAAAACAACGCCAAGGUUUUGGCCAGCCGGGUCUCCGCCGAAGAGGGCAAGUCCUUGAACAAGGAGUUAAUGGCUGAGGAGGAACGUUCUAGAAGGCUCACCCGAGUCAAGGCAGCUGCAGCUGCAAUUUCAAAAAGACAUGCAGAUGGUUCCUUGCCACUCGAGGACCAAAUUAUAGAACUUGAAGAUCAAAGUGGUCGGCAAGUGAAACUGGGGACAGAGACUGAUCAGCGGGCAAUCAUGAUGGGCCUGAUGCUUCAUACCAAUGCAAAGCAGCUAAUUAAGAAGCAAAAUUACAAGGAUGCUUUAGAAGUACUCACUAUGGGAGAGGAGGCAUUCUCUCUAUGUGAUCCAAAGGUCAUUGAGUUUAUUGACAAUCCCCCAAUACUGCAAAUAGAAAUUGUGUGGUGCUACUUCAUGCUACAAGACAUUAGGUGGCUUUCAGUGGCUGGAGAGCGCCUUCAGAAAGCCAGACGAGAUCUUGAGCGGUCUCAUGGAAAGGACUCCCACCGUGUUAGACUCCUUCAAGGAGGUCGUUAUCCAGAGCUUGCACUAUAUUUGAGGUUGGAGCUUCUGGAAGGAGUGGUAGCCUAUCACAAUGGUCAAUUUGAUAAAUCAAGAAAAUGGCUCACCUCUGCGCAAGAGAAAUUUGGCCAGCUACAAGUUCCCGAUGAAGCCUUAUCACUUGUUAUGAGCAUGGGCUUUAGAGAACACGAGGCGAAGCGAGCAUUGCGAAUGAGCCAUCAAGAUGUUGGGAGCGCAGUUGAUUUUCUUGUUGAACAAAAAGCACUGAGGGCACAAAAAAGAGAAGAAUAUCUUCGGCAACAAAAUAAGAUUAUGGAGCAAAAGAAAUAUGGAAAGACACCCUUAAAGAAGCCUGUGGAUCUCCAGAAAUUGAAUGAAUUGGUCUCCAUCGGGUUUGAGAAGGAGCUUGCUGCUGAAGCACUUCGAAGGAAUGAGAAUGACACUCAAAAGGCGUUGGAUGAUUUGACAAAUCCAGAGAUUAACUCUUCCAUACAGCUUACUAUUGAAUCACGGAAAAGGAAGCGUCAGCAGAAAGAGACCGACGCUUCAGUUGAAGCCCUUGUACGUAUGGGCUUUGAAAGAGAAAGAGUGGUUGAAGCAUUUCAUAGCGGUGGGACUGUGGAUCAAGUGAUGCAUAGACUGCUCUCACAAGCUGCACCUAACUCCACAGAUGCUCUUAACAAUAACGCGGGGUCGGGGUCGAUCGCUGCAAUGGCUGCCAAUGACGUUGCGAGUUCUUCUGCUCCGACGGUGGAUAAUGUUGCCGAAGACAAUGGUGAUGACGGAGAUCCAUCUACUGCUGGCAAAGUUGAAGAAGAGCGGGAUAUAGAGAUGGAGGACGAACUUGCUGACGGGCUAUCGAGAGUGGAUGCUAUAUCGGAUUAUGAUAUUGAAGUUUCCAAAGAAGGUGAAGCCAUAAACGAGUACUUGGCGCUGUUGAAUUUAGCCGGCAAGUAAUGAAGGAGGGAUCUUCUCCGAGGUGAAAACUACUCAGGACCGUGAUGGUAAACGAGGUGUAAAUAGUAGUGAUUACUCGAACAUUAAGUUAUAGAUUUCAAGCACCGUUUUAAAGAUGGAGCUUUGCAUUUUUCUGCAUAUCAAGCGUUUGUGGUUCUAAUAGGCAUUUGCAGGUGUUAAUAGAUAUUGAUUCAUAAUUUAGCUAAUCCUUUUUAUAUAUGAAACUGUUUAGAAUUCCAAAAAUAAACGAAAACAACGAAGAAUCAUAAACUAUAUGUAACUUUUUAGUUGUAGGUUGAAAUAACUUUAUGAGUUCCUUAAAGAUGAAAAA